AUGAAUGCAGAGACAUUUGAAAAAUGGUUCACAAACCAACUGCUACCCAAUAUUCCUCCGGCGUCAAUAAUUGUGAUGGAUAAUGCACCCUAUCACUCAAGAAAAAUUCACAAGCCACCAACAGCUGCUGACAACAAAGCUACAAUAAGAAAGUGGCUGGAAGAGAAAGGCAUAGCGGUGCCAGAAGUUAUCCUCAAAACUAACCUUCUGCACCUUGUCAGCCAACACGUCUCGUGUGCCGACACAAAUUAUGAUGUCGACAAAAUGGCUUCAGAUAAUGGCCAUAAAGUUGUGCGACUCCCCCCUUACCACUGCCAAUAUAACCCCAUUGAGCUGAUUUGGGGUCAAGUUAAGGACUAUGUGGCAAAAAGAAACACCUUCAAGCUUGCCUCUCUCAAGCCACUUAUUGAGGAGUCCAUCACAAGGAUCACAAAGGAGAACUGGAGAGAUGCUAUAAAACAUGCUGAAAAAUUACAGACAGAAGAUACAGCGAGAGAUGUCGUGGUUGACGGCUACAUUGACACUCUCAUCAUUACAUUCACACCUUCUGAUGACGAGGAUUCAUCAUAA